AGCAAGUUCACCUGGCACCUUGUUUGCGCUUUCCUUCUAUUUCAGGGUGUGGCAGGUCGUAUUUGCUCUCUUGCUCAAUCCCCAGGCGAUUUCACCUACCCCCCCUCAUUUGGGGAUAUCCGCGACCCCCCCUCAAUGAGGUCCGGGAAGCUGUCCGGUAUCCGCACCCUACUCCGUGCCCGCCAUCUAAGAUGUGGCUAGACCGCAUUGCUGGUCAUUCGACUCCCUCGGGCUCUCAGAUUGACAGUCGCAGCAACUCGCCUCUACCCCGAAGAACAUCCUCUCGUUUAUCUCCCAAUAUACAAAACAAUCGUCCUGGAUCCAGUCGACAAGCUUCCUCCUUAUCCGUCCUCCUGACUCCCAGUGAUUCGACCACCUCCCUUCCCGCAACCGCAGCUCGUGACAGAUCGCCGCUGAAACAAAUCGCUGCAAGAUCCCGCCCCUCCGAUGUCGCUGACCCCCUCGAUGUUCUGAAUGGUAUCCUUGGGAAGCAGAAUGGUAAAAGGGAUCUGUCUCCUGACGGUGACCUCAACGUCAAGCCUUCGGAUCUCGUGGAGGACAUCGAUUUCCAAGGGCUGAGUCUGGAGGACUUCGUCGCGCAGGCAGACAACCGUAAACGGAUUACCAGCACCGAUGCGGGCGCCCAAACCGUCCAGCAAUUCGAGAAAGAACGAGACAAGUUCCAAGAUCUACAUUCGGCUAUCACCGGCUGUGACGAAGUCUCAAGCUCGGUGGAGACAUAUCUGAACGAUUUCCAGAAUGAACUCGGGGCUGUAUCGGCGGAGAUCGAGACUCUACAGUCCCGGUCUAUUCAGCUGACGGCCAUGUUGGAAAACCGACGCAAUGUCGAACAGCUACUCGGGCCUGCCGUGGAAGAGAUCAGCAUCUCUCCCAAAACGGUGAGGUUGAUCGCGGAGGGGCCGAUCGAUGAGAAUUGGGUUAAGGCCUUGAAUGAGAUGGAAACCCGGGCGGCAAGCAUUGAAGCCAAGGUCUCUGGCUCUAACAGCACGAAAUCCAUUGAGGACGUUCGGCCGCUUCUCAAAGACAUCAAGAACAAGGCCGUGGAGCGCAUCCGGGACUAUCUGGUGUCCCAGAUCAGAGCACUGCGUUCCCCCAACAUUAAUGCCCAAAUUCUUCAGCAGCAGCGGCUGGUAAAAUUCAAAGAUCUAUAUAGCUAUAUCUCCCGGGCUCAUCCAGAGCUCACAGGACAAAUCACGCAGGCUUACAUAAAUACUAUGCGGUGGUACUAUUUGUCGCACUUCACGCGAUAUCGCCAAGCGCUGGAGUCAAUCAAGAUAUACCCCAGUGAUCGAAAUGAGAUUUUAGGAGGAGAUCCGUCGGCUCAUAAGACAAGCUCUGCUGUCGCCGGUAGUCGUGCUGGGUCUGCUGCGCACGAUCCCUUCUCCCUAGGAAGGAGAGUGGAUAUCAUGCGGACUGGUGCUCAGAUCGCUAUUUCUUCAUACCUAGCAGAGGAGGACAAUUCCUUCCAUGGACUUGAGGUUCCAUUCCGGAAUUUCAAUCUGGCCGUGGUGGACAAUGUGUCAGCCGAGUACUCGUUCAUGACCGAGAUGUUCUCGACCUUAUCUUUCCAGCAAAUUUCCCGCAAGGCCGUCGAGAUAUUCGAGCCGGUGUUUAGUCAGGGGCAGACGUUGACGAAGCAGCUGAUCGAACAUACCACGGACGCAUUGGGCGUCUUGAUCUGUGUCCGGUUGAACCAGCACGCCGCCUUCGAGCUGCAGCGCCGCAAGGUUCCCGUUGCGGACUCCUACAUCAACGGGGUGAACAUGCAGCUGUGGCCGCGAUUCCAGGUCAUCAUGGACACGCAGUGCGAGUCGCUGAAGCGGGUGGCCGCGAACACGGGUCGCAGCGCGGUGUCGGCCUUGUCCCUGGCUGGGGGCGACGAUCUGAACAAGUCCUCGGCGCCCCAUUUCCUAACGCAGCGAUUCGGCCAGCUUCUGCACGGGAUCCUGGUACUCAGCAGUGAUGCAGGGGAUGACGAGCCCGUGGCCAACAGCUUGAAGCGCUUGACGGCGGAGUUCGACAAUCUUCUCACAAAGCUCAGCCGCAUCGGCGGCGACGCCAAGCGACGAGAACGGUUCUUGUUUAACAAUUACUCGCUUGUACUGGCUAUAAUUAGUGAUACCCAUGGCAAAUUAGCAACCGAGCAGAAACAGGGGACGUCGACGAUCCUGCUCGAGCGGCAUGACGCGCCGGGGACGGAGACGAGUAGUCGAAAUUCCGAGGUGAGGAUUGAUUGCAUCAUUGUCCCCUUUGCUUUGUUCGUGUCUGCGUGGAGGAGCAGGAUGAUGGAUAUAGAUAGAUCGAGGGGGAAAAAAAAAAGUUCGGGAGGAAUACAACUAAUGAACCAACGAGCGCAACAGGUAAUCCACGCAGGGCUCUACUACGGCACCGACACGCUGAAGAAGCAACUCUGCAUCGAAGGCAAGGAGCUGCUGUACGACCUCUGCGAGCGGCAGAACAUCCCCUACCGCCGGACAGGCAAGUGGCUGGUGGCGCAGGACGCAGCGCAAUGGGAAGCGUGCCUACGGUUGCACGAGACGGCACAGCGGAUCGGGGUGACGACGCGGAUGCUGAGUCGCGAGGAGAUCGCGCGGCGGGAGCCGGAGGUGCGGGCGCAGGCGGGGGUGCUCGAGAGCCCGACAACGGGGAUCUUGGACAGCCAUGCGCUGAUCACGUACCUGCACGGCGACUUCGAGGAUCGCGGCGGCGACUGCGCGUUCCGCACGCGCGUGACAGGCGUCCGGUACAACGGCCAGGGCCGGGGCUACGAGAUCACGGCCGUUACGGCCGAUGGGUCUGAGACGGCUAUCACAGCUGAGACGGUCGUUAACAGCGCGGGGCAUGGCGCGUGUGCUAUCAACAACAUGCUGCUGCCUGCGGACCGGCAUCGCACCCCGCUGUACGCUAAGGGCACCUACUUCUCGUACGCGGCCUCGUUCCCCCGCACCUCUGUGCUGGUGUAUCCGGUCGUGGCCAAGGCGCAGGCGGGCUUGGGCGUGCAUCUCACGCUGGAUAUGGGCGGGCAGGUUCGCUUCGGGCCUGAUGCGGAGUGGGUGGAGGAUAGCGAGGACCUGGCGCCGAACCCGGCCCGGCUGGAGCAGGCGCUGCCGCUGAUCAGGGAUGCCUCGGAGAGCGGUUCCGCCUGGGCGAAGGGGAGCAUGUUCCAGGACUUUGUGAUCCAAGAGGAGGAGGGUCCGGGGUUGACGAGUAGUUUGGCCAUUGGAAAGAUGGUGAAGCGGAUUCUCCACUAG